CAGGCAGCGCCGCGGGCAGGCGGCGGGCGGGCCUCGAGGUGCCGCCACGCGUGGCAGCGCCGAUGGAGCUAGUGGCGGGUUGCUACGAGCAGGUUCUCUUCGGGCUCGCCGCGCGGCCCGCCCAGUCUUGGACAGUUGUCCCUGAUUUUACACAUCAUGCCCACUCUGCCUCACUGUCGGCGGUAGCAGUGAAUAACAGAUAUGUGGUCACUGGGAGCAGAGAUGAGACAAUCCAAAUCUAUGAUAUGAAAAAGAAGAUUGAGCAUGGGGCACUGCUGCAGCACAACGGCACAAUAACUUGUCUGGAGUUCUAUGGUACUGCACAUCUCCUGAGUGGGGCUGAAGAUGGACUAAUUUGUAUCUGGAACACGAAGAGAUGGGAAUGCCUGAAAUCCAUUAAGGCACAUAAGGGGCACGUGACAUCUCUUUCUAUUCAUCCUUCUGGAAAAUUAGCUUUGUCGGUAGGAACAGAUAAAACAUUAAGGACAUGGAAUCUUGUAGAAGGACGAUCAGCCUUUAUCAAAAACUUAAAGCAAAAUGCCCACAUAAUUAAGUGGUCUCCCAGUGGAGAGAAGUAUGUGACCGUGAUAACAAAUAAAGUGGAUGUCUAUAAACUUGACACAGCCUCGAUCACUGGUACCGUCACUACAGAGAAGAGAAUUUCUUCGCUUACAUUUAUUACACAUUCUAUCCUUACGAUAGCUGGAGAUGAUGAAGUUAUAAGGCUCUAUAACUGUGACUCUCAAAAAUGCUUAUGUGAAUUUAAAGCUCAUGAAAACAGAAUAAAAGAUAUCUGUAGUUUUGAAAGGGAAGGACAACAUAUUAUUGUUACUGCAUCAAGUGAUGGUUACAUUAAAAUGUGGAAUCUGGAUCUUAAUAAGAUUAAAGAUGUGCCUUCUUUACUAUGUGAAGUCAAUACCAAAGCUAGGCUGACAUGUCUGGCAGUAUGGUUUGACCACAUUUCAGAAAUCAAAGAAAAUUCUGAUGAAACUGCAACAUCAUCCCAAGCAAAUGAAGAUGAGAAAUUAUCAAUAGUCAGGAAAAAGAAAGUUUGUUGGACUGAUAAGAAUGGUAAAACAGCAAAAAGAGAUAGAAAAAUUAUUUCUGAGAAGCGAAAAUUGGAAACUCCACUGCAAAAGAAGAAAAAGAAACUGAAGAGCUCAGAAUGAAGGCAACUACCUUCUCUCUUGAAUAAAAAGUAAAUGCUGGUGUUUCUAAAAUCAGUUUUUACAAAGGUGUAAACCUGUGACAGAAUGUACACUUUUGAAGCGAUCUGAUGUUUCAAAGUAACAACAUCUUUUACUCUGAGGAAUUGACUGAUCAUUGUGUGAAGUACCAAAAGAAGUGACAACUUUUCCUAAGCAACAAGGCAAAAAUAAAUGCAUGAAGUGUAA